GCCACUCAGGGCCACUCAGGGCCACCCUCCCGGGGCUGGCACCGCUCCCUGUCAUGAAUAUUCAGCCGUGCCUGGCCCGGCCCCGCUGUUUGCUCCGGCAGGAGGGGUUUGGGAGCGGGUUCACCUUGACGGGAACACCGGGACAGCGGCAGGUGAGCGGCACCUGCCCGCGCUGCCCCCCCGGGACACCCCGGGACCCCCGGGACACCCCCGGGACACCCCCGGGACACCCCGGGACCCCCGGAGGCGGCAGGAGCAGGAUGGCCGACGGGCACGGCUGGUGGAAGCUGACGUUCCUGCGGAAGCGGCAGGCAGCGCCCACGGUGCUGUACGAGAGCCCCGACGGGCAGGCGGCGCCGGGCGGGGACGGCGCGGAGGGGACGGGCCCGGAGGGGACACCCGGCUUCGCCGCCCGCCUGGAGAAGAUCGUGGACAAGAGCACCAAGGGCAAACACGUCAAGGUCUCGCACUCCGGGCGCUUCAAGGAGAAGAAGAAAGUGAGGGCGACGCUGGCCGAGCAUCCCAACCUGUGCGGGGCCGGCGAGCGCGAGGAGAAGUGACCCGGGCGCGUUGUCGCCCGCCGGGGACGCCGAUCCGCGGGGCCGCCGGAGCGGAGAGGCCUCCGGAUGGAAUUUAUCUGUGGGAUAAUCCGUGACCUGCAGGACUGACCCCGGGGCACAGCGGGGCUGGCGCUCCCCGUCCCUCCCGCUGCCCAGCGCGGACUGGUUCGUACUGGGAUGAGGACACUCCCCCCGUGGCCCGCCUGGCUCUGCUCCAAUCACAUUCCCAAUCCCAUUCCCAUUCCCAAUCCCCUCCUCCCGGCACUUUUUGGGGCCGAGCCCCGCUCGUGUCCCCGUCCCGAGGGGCUGCAGAGCCGCCCAUGCCGCGUCCUUGCCGAGUCCCCCCCCCAGGGAGGGGAUGCGACACUUCCCUGUCCCGAGGGACCCCGCGGGACCGAUCCCCCCGCGGGGACCGCGCAGCGCUCCCGGGAGGAGCCGCCGUUCCCCCGGGAAUCGCUCCCCGCUGCUGGAAGCGGGGACCCCGCCCCGCCAUGCUGGAAGCGCUCCCGCCUGCUGCUAAUUAACUGCGGUUAAUAAACCGAGCCUGGGAGCGGA